AUGGCUCCCCCGUGGCCCCCCAACGGGACGUGGCUGGGGGCGGCGGAGGACGCGGGGUUGGGGGGGAACGGCACCGAUUGUUCUGGGACGGCCAGCAGCCUCAGCCGGCAGGGGGCGCUCGGAGCUGCCCUCAGCCUGGCCGUGCUGGUGACGGUGGCGGGCAACCUGCUGGUCGUCGUGGCCAUUGCUAAGACCCCACGCCUGCAAACCAUGACCAAUGUCUUCAUCACUUCUCUAGCCUGCGCUGACCUCAUCAUGGGGCUUUUGGUGGUGCCCCCAGGAGCCACACUGGUUCUGAGUGGCCACUGGUUGUACGGCACUACUGUCUGUGAGCUGUGGACCUCGCUGGAUGUGCUGUGCGUGACAGCCAGCAUCGAGACCCUGUGUGUCAUUGCGGUGGACCGAUACUUGGCCAUCACAGCCCCGCUGAAGUAUGAGAUGCUGAUGACCAAGCGCCGAGCACGGGGAGUGGUCUGCCUGGUGUGGGCCGUGGCUGCCUUCAUCUCCUUCUUGCCCAUCAUGAACCACUGGUGGCGGGAUGAGGCUGAUGAGGAAGCCCUACGCUGUUACCAGGAUCCUCAGUGCUGUGACUUUGUCACCAACAUGCCCUAUGCCAUCUUGUCCUCCAUCAUCUCUUUCUAUGUGCCUCUGCUGGUCAUGAUUUUCGUCUAUGCCCGAGUCUUUGCCAUAGCUACCAGGCAGCUCCAUGUCAUUGAAAAGGACAAGGGGAGGUUCCUUCAGGACGCAUCCAAAGGUUCCCGCCGUAGGAGGCCCUCCCGUCUCCUGCUUGCCAUCAAAGAGCACAAGGCCCUGAAGACUUUGGGCAUCAUCAUUGGUGUCUUCACUCUCUGUUGGCUGCCCUUCUUUGUGGCCAAUGUCAUCAAGGUCUUUGCAAGAUCCCUUGUCCCUGAUCCGCUCUUCCGCUUCUUCAACUGGCUGGGCUAUGUCAAUUCAGCUUUCAAUCCCAUCAUCUAUUGCCGCAGUCCUGACUUCAGGUGUGCCUUCAAAAAGCUGUUGGGUUGCCCGUGGAGAUCUGAUCCCCAGCUUCAUGCUAUCUCCAAGGACCUGCAGAGAUGCCUCUGUGCCUUCAGUUCCCGGGAGAGCAAGUCCAUUGCUACGGUUUCCAGAGAGGAGGGAGAGGAAGAGGACUUGGGUACUGGGAGCACCAGCAGUGGCUCCAGUAACAGGACCGAGGAAACAAAGCAUUUGUAUCUGUCCAGCAAUGGGCACAGUUGUGCACCUCGUCCCCUGGGGGAAACCCAGCUCCAAGGCACCCAGAUCACUUUGUGCCCACAGCUGGAAGAGUAGG